AUCUAGAAAUUUUGUCAAUCUAAAGAAAAGGAAUGUAGUAAAUAAAAAAAUGUAUUAAGAGAAAUUAAGGGUAGACAAAUUAGAAAGACAAUGUCUACUUAACUUAACCCCUAGGCACUUUACGAAAACAAGAAAUUUAAUGCUGACAAAGUUCGCCCCAGUAAAUGUACUACUGAAACAUAAUUACCAAUUCUAGUUUAAUUAUUGUUAGUUAAUGUUUCUCUCGCUCUUUCUCUCGCGGGACUAAAACAUUUAGCCAACUUCAUUUGUCUCUAACUUCACUUUAAUAUCGCACGUCUUUUGAUAUUCAAGGCCUUAUAUGUAUAUAUAUUUAUGCAUAAUUAUUUUUAUAAAUGUUUGGGUCAUCUGUUUAUCUGUUUUAACCAGCGAUAAGCUUGUGUCUUUCUGUCGAACCAGAAUUUUAAAUUAAUCCUCAUGGUAAUUGUAUCAUGCAAAAAGGUCCACCUCGACAUGACACAAGUUUAAAUAGCUUGAACGAUUUGUGCACUCACUUUGACGUUAAUUCAUUAAAGUCUAAAAUUUGUAAGCAAGCUCAGAAUAAAAAUUCACAUAAGAAAUCGCAAUCAAAAUUACAAGUUGAAGAAUUAAAUCAAAGCGAAACGAAGAGUUUCCUCAACAAAAAUGAGGUAACUUUCCCAGCAAAAAAGUAUCUCAGAGGAAGCAGAAGCGGGAGUGGUAACGGUGAUGGUCGUAGAAGCACCUACCAAAGUGGUAAUAUCAUCAGAAGGUCCGAGUGGAAACUUGGAAAAGAAGAAAAAAACGGAACACCCCGGAUACUGAGAGUGAUAAGACGACACAGUUAUAAAGGCGAUUAUAAAGAUAAAUUUAAAGAUCGAGACAAAUCUCCAUCAGUGUGUCUGGAAGAAGAUAAAAGCAAGAGUAGUGUCGUUCUGCUACAUCACGAUAAAGACCAACACCAGGAGCAAGAACAAGAACAAGAACUCUCUCUCUUCAAUUUAUCCUGUAAGCCGGGGAAAAAUUACGUCAGAGUUUCCAAAUCAGAACAGACUACUGUUACGGAACCUUUACCUCCUCAUAGACUGACAACGCCUCGAAUAUUUGUAAAAGAAAGUACAGACCCAUCCCCAAGACCACGACUACCCCGCCGUCGGAAAACUCGUCGCCGGUCUACAGUAAAAUACGAACCACUGAACGUGAACAUAAUCCAGCAGACCCCGGAAUGCCGGUCAUGUAAAUCAAACCCAAAUGACCCGGCGUCGAAUCAAAUGGCCCUGCAUCAUCAACCAAUCAACCAGAAGUCCAGUCGCAAAUUAGACGACACCAAGCGGGUGUUCCCAUUCAGGCCAACCCCUAGCGGGAAUCUCAAAGUCAUUCCCAAUCAAGUGGUGUUCGAAACUAACAGGGUGAGCGUGCUGGUCGCCGAUCCAAAACACACUAAAGUAAACGUGAAAGCUGAGCUGACCAAAUCUGACCCUUCCUUUCAUCAAGAUUUGCAAUCCCAAUCAAUCAAGCAAUCUCAAGAAUUUGAACCUGGAAAUUUCUUGCAGCAAGCGAAAUCAUCUCAGGUCAGUUCUGAGUACAUUCCACGCACCCAGCCGUACAGAGGAAAGCAUCGGUGUCCUGAAAUGGACCUCAACAAUCGAAAUGGAACUCAGCAUCAGUCGAGAAUUAAUCAUGAAAAUCUCAAUCAAGUUCCUCUUGCGUCAUUGGGUUUUACAGCAGAUCAACCGAUCAAUUGGGAUAAUAUAACCUUGCCGGAAAAAAGCGAUCUGUAUUGCGAACUAUCCAAUCGUAUCACUAACUACAAGAACGCAGAUUGCGCAAUCAAGAUCGGGAAUGACGAAUUUCACUGCCACUUGCUGGUUCUGCAGAGCUACAGCACAUUUUUCGAUGAGAAAAACUCCAAGAAUAUUGAUCUUACUGAAAGCAGUGUUACUUCAAAGGCAUUUUCAAUUAUAUAUGACUGGAUGAUCAGUGAGAGUAAUGAAAGUUGUCAACUGCUGAGGCGUGAUAAUAUUUUAGAAAUAUUUAUGGCUGCGCAGUUUCUCGGGAUUAAAGAAUUAGAGGAACAGUGUUGGGCGUUUAUCGAUAACAAUGAUUUAUUUUCGGAAGAUACUGCGUUUUUAUUGUACGUAGAAGCUCGGAAGCUCGGGAAUACACCAGUAAUGGAAUUGAUGGUACCGAGGAUAAUGAAGUUUUUUCUGUUGCUUGUAAGUACCAAGGACUUUCUCGAACUUCAAGUAGAAGAACUCUGUCUACUGCUUCGCUCGAAUUACAUUUGUGUCAACAGCGAAAUGGAGGUUUUGAUGUCGGCAGUCAGAUGGUUAAUGCACGACUGGGAAACCAGACGUCAGUACAUGCUGAGUGUGCUAAAAUGUGUGCGAUUUGGUUUGAUUGCUCCUUGGCAAUUAGUUGAGGUGAAACGCAAUCCCGAGAACCCAGAAUUCAUGGAGCUGAUGUCCAAUCCUGAGGUCCAGAAGAUGGUCGACGAUGGAUUGGCAUUCGUGAUAAUAAAACACUGGUAUGGGAACCAGACGGAGGAUUACUACCGGUGGAUCGAUCUUCUGGGCUUAACAGAACCAACAAGCCGUAACUGGGCCGGCGAGGACAAGAAUUAUGUUACUUACCAGGAAUUUCUCCUCUACCUCGAAGAUUAUCAGAGAAGCAUGAUGCUGGAAUUAAAGUCGCGCAAGGGCAAAGGUAAUAGUAAUACUUCGACUAAUACUAAUCAGAAGAGCGAAUGUUCCGAGGCAAAAACUUGGGUCAAUUAUUAUCAGAACCAGAAUCUCGGAGUAGAAACCACUAACGGUCAAGUGGUUCCUGCGCCAAACAACGGAAGCAGAUCUUGGAAGUUUAAAAAGAUGCCACCACCACCAAUCUCGGAACGUAUUGGUUCGGAAGCUCCGGAAUUUCUCAACAAGUACUUGAGCAGGCUUGAUGGCAAUCAUACUAAAGUGGAUGCUGCUCAGCCGAAGGAUAACGAACAAGAAAAAAAAAUUCGUGAAAUCGGCAAUGCAGCAGUAAACUUGGACAUUCGGCGCAAUGAUGAGCUCAAGAUGUCUCAAGUGAAUUACCAAAACCAGCAAAUUCAGAUUCAACAGUGUUUGACAAGCUUGUGCGAGCCGAAUAGUUUGCCGCCCAAAAAACUGUCCUAUCCGACCAACUACUGCUUGGCGUCUGGUGAUAAUCAAAUUCGGGGGAAACCGGACUCCAUUGGCCAAAAUGAACGCAUUAAAGUAGCUCAACUUUUAUCUGCUGAUCAAAAAAAUACUUUUGGCCUGUCCUCUAAUGACUCUGACGAUAAAAAUGUCACUUGUGUAAACACAUAUAGGAAACUUAAUCCGAAGAUUGAUUUACAAGGAAGCAAAAAAGUUACUCGCCAUGAAAUUGAUAAUAAAAAGAUGUUGGACAUGAUGGAGACACUUCAAUCUACGUCUGAUGGAGAGAAAAUAGCCAAGUCAUACUGCGUGUCAAUAGCAAACAAUGCAAUAAAUCAUAUUGAUGCAUGUAAGCCAAUCGAAAUGAUAAAACCGCCGAAUUUUUUGUACAACUCUGACGAUAAAACUGGCUCAAUAUCCGUGUCAUACAGUUCAACGGACAUCGAUGAUUCAUAUUCACCCAACAAUCAUAAAAAUUUAACUAUUAACAAUAACAACAAUAUUACCAAAGAAACAAAAGUAACAAUGAAUAAAAAAUUAAUUUGUCCCAACGAAUCAUUGUUUUUAAACGAACAACCAACUGUCAUAGUUUUCGGUGGAAUAGAUCCACACCAGGAAUACGGAGUAGCUGGCAAUACGGGUAAAAAUAUUUACCGAUUAAAACCAUUGGAAAAUAUUUGGGAGUUUGUUGGCGAAAUGCCAGAACCACGGCAUCAUCAUUCCGUUGUUUAUUUCAAAGGACGUCUUUAUGUUGCUGGCGGUGCUGACCCACGUGAAAAUUCACUUCAAAGGAAAAAUUCAGUUGUCGGAACUGUUUGGAGUUAUGAUCCCGCCUCCAAGAAAUGGUUCACUGAACCGGCAAUGCUAACUCCGAGGAAAAAUUUUGGGCUUGUUGUCUGCGACGGUAAAAUUUUCGCUGUCGGCGGUGAAGAUAAUAAUGAAGUCACUUUGAGAAGUGUAGAGGCUUUUGACCCAGCAAAAAAAGUUUGGAAAAAAAUGCAACCGAUGAACAUCGCACGUUUUGGACUAGCUGCUACGACGUUCGAGAAUUUAAUUUGGGUCGCUGGAGGAAUAAGUAAUUCAAUCACAGAUCCUCUGUUGAAAGAAGUUGAAUGCUAUGAUCCCUGCAAAAAAUCAUGGACAAAAAUAGAGAAUAUACCAUCAGCAAGAUGUUACGCAUGUCUGUGCGUAAUAUCUGACAAUUUGUUCCUAGUUGGGGGAGCCGGAAAAUCUUCAACUGAUGACAACAUGACGGAAAGUAUCCAGACAGUUGACAUAUGGGUGCCUAGCUCCCGAAAUUGGCAACAAAUUAGCAAAAUGUCCACCGCUAGGCACAACCACUCAGUCAGUUCAAUCGAUAACCAGCUGCUUGUUAUUGGCGGCGUUACCACAGUUCACAUGAAAACAUUGAAGUCCGUCGAGUGUUUUUGCUGCAGACGUAACAAGUGGAUCAAAGGUGUGGCUUCGUUACCUUAUCCCAUUUUGGGUCAUUCUAGUGUUUCUUUGCCACCUUUGGAUUAUUUUUGUAACUCUUGAAUCUUGUAAAAAAAUAAUGCAUAGAUAGAUAGUUUU